AUGUUCACGACCGAUUCCUUCGUCAGCAAUACUUCAAUUGGAUGUCACGCUCUUGUAUUCGGUUGCACUGAAGAGGAACUCGGUCAAGCAAAUCAUCCACCACCACAUCACAAACGGAUCUUUCUCGUCAUACUUCUAUUCCGGCCUAGUAAUGGGUUGGAUAGAUGGGAACUCGGUCAAGCACAUCAUCCACCACCACAUCACAAACGGAUCUUCUCAAGGAAACAUCUGUUCCGAUCCUCUGUUUGGUUGGAUAGAUGGCAACUCGGUCAAGCACAUUAUCCACCACCACAUCACAAACGGAUCUUCUCAAUAAAACUUCUGUUCCGAUCCUCUGUUUGGUUGCAUAGAACGGGAGUCGGUCAAGGACAUAAUCCACCACCACAUCACAAACGGAUCUCUCCUAACAAACGUCUCUUCCGAUCCUCGCUUUGGUUGGAUAGAAGGGGACUCGGUCAAGCACAUCAUCCACCACCACAUCACAAACGGAUCUCUCCUAACAAACGUCUGUUCCGAUCCUCUGUUUGGAAACAUCUGUUCCGAUCCUCGCUUUGGUUGGAUAGAAGGAGACUCGGUCAAGCAAAUCAUCCACCACCACAUCACAAACGGAUCUUUCUCGUCAUACUUCUAUUCCGGCCUAGUAAUGGGUUGGAUAGAUGGGAACUCGGUCAAGCACAUCAUCCACCACCACAUCACAAACGGAUCUUCUCAAGGAAACAUCUGUUCCGAUCCUCUGUUUGGUUGGAUAGAUGGCAACUCGGUCAAGCACAUUAUCCACCACCACAUCACAAACGGAUCUUCUCAAGGAAACAUCUGUUCCGAUCCUCUGUUUGGUUGGAUAGAUGGCAACUCGGUCAAGCACAUUAUCCACCACCACAUCACAAACGGAUCUUCUCAACGAAACAUCUGUUCCGAUCCUCUGUUUGGUUGGAUAGAAGGGGACUCGGUCAAGCACAUCCUGCACCACCACAUCACAAACGGAUCUCUCCUAGCAAACUUCUGUUCCGAUCCUCUGUUUGGUGGGAUAGAAAGGCGACUCGGUCAUGCACAUCCUUCGCCACCACAUCACAAACGGAUCUUCCGUACAAUACUUCUGUUCAGAUGUGGUCUUUGGUGUGA